UGUGUGGAGAAAGAGGAGAAAAGCCAAGAAGCCAUCCCAAUCUCCCACGAGGACGCCCCGUGUACUGGGGAAUGAAAUGCGACCCUAAUAUGGCCACUAUUCGAGACUUAUGGGAUAAUUUCCAUGAAUCGGCAUUGGCCCGGGCCCGCGACUUUACCGUGUUUGUUGCCGACAGGGUCUCUUGAUUGGCUCGACUAAAAUCUGGGGUACCAUAGGGGGGGAGAUCUUGUUUUUGCGGAGCUGUUCGGCGGAGAGAAUAGCGAAUUGCUCUGAAUUUGGUUUAACCGGAUACCCCGAACUGCGGGUAUAAUAUAUAUAUAACUUGAAUGUCGCGAAGAUGGAAGUACUGCGUAGAUCCUCGACUGAUGAGUUCUGUUGGAGAACUGGGUUGAUUCCAUCGUACUGAGGAUGUUGCUUCGCGAUCGCCUGCUGGCCGGCUUGGCCAUCUUCUCGCUCCCUGCUAGCGUUCUUGCGGCACCGCAAUCGUCCGAUAUCAAAGAGCUAUCGGGGGUCGUGAUUUACACUCCGCCCUCUACUUACACGGAUCCGAGGGUUCUGUACGCGCGCACGGCACAGCUCCCAAAUAAUGAUAUCCUAGCAACGUGGGAGAACUACAGCCCAGAACCUCCUCCGGUAUACUUCCCCAUCUACCGAUCCAGCGACAAAGGCGCUACCUGGACAAAGAUUUCUCAAGUCGAAGACCAAGGAUACGGGUACGGACUACGAUACCAGCCAUUCCUCUAUGUGCUCCCGGAGGAUUUCGCAGGGUAUAAGAAGGGAGACGUGCUGCUAGCCGGUUCGUCGAUCCCCACGGACCUCUCCAAAACCCAACUGGAUAUCUACGCAUCCACGGACAGCGGCAAGACGUGGAAGUUCCUCAGCCACGUUGCCGCGGGAGGCGAGGCCAGGCCGAACAACGGGUUGACUCCCGUCUGGGAGCCGUUCUUGCUGCUCCACAAGGGCAAGCUGAUAUACUACUACUCGGACCAGCGCGACCCGAAGCACGGCCAGAAGAUGGUCCACCAGACCACGACGGACCUGCGCAACUGGGGCCCCGUCGUGGACGACGUCGCGUAUCCCACGUACAGCCAGCGGCCGGGAAUGCCGACGGCAGCGCUGCUCCCGAACGGCCAGUACAUUUUCACGUACGAGUACGGCGGAGGUCCGAACCCCGCAAACUCGGGUUCGUUCCCAGUGUAUUACCGCCUGUCUUCCGACCCGGAGAACUUCAACAGCGCGCCUCACCACGUUCUCAGGACCACGGACGGCACCGUCCCGACGGGCUCGCCGUACGUCGUGUGGUCCUCGGCCGGCGGUGCGAACGGGACGAUUAUCGUGUCUUCGGGAUGCUGCUCGGAGAUUUAUAUCAACAAGGCGCUAGGGGCUGAGAAUGCGUGGAAGAAGGUGUCGACGCCGGAGGGAGCUUCGUACACCAGGUCGCUACACGUCUUUCAGGAGGAUCCCAGUUCGCUCUUGAUUGCGGGAGGGGGCCAUUUACCCCCUAGCACAACGAAUAAGGUCACUAUCAGUGUAAUGAAUGUCCCGUGAUUAGGUAGGUAUGUUAGAUAAUAUCAUUAGCAAAAAAUUAUAUUUUAAAUUUCAAAC